CAUUUCGAAAGUCAAAUCUAUAAUGAGUGUUUUUAAUUGAAAAAUUCAAUGUUAUAUGAAAAAGGUCUGUUUUUUAAACAAUCCUAAACGAAAAUGCCGUAACAAAAGUGUUCACCGGCGCGUCCAGGAUGCAUAUAAACAUUUUCCUGUUACUGCUUUCGCUGAAAAUCGUGAGUUCUACGACCGACGGCUACUGUGGGGUGUAUCAAGGGAAAAUCUGCAAAAAGUACGUCGAUAACUCUAAACGUGUAUGGUUCAAUUGGUCCGAUCACAAUACUAGUGGAGGCUACGAGAAUGAAGUUAUUACCGCUGGACUCUGGGAGGAACUCAUAGUCACUCUGGAUGAGCCCUGCAGAUCAGCUGCUGAGAAGCUGCUGUGCAUCUAUGCUUUCCCUGAAUGCAAUGUCAGCAAGCCGCUGCCUUUGUGCUAUGAGGACUGCGUGGCCGUCAACAAGCUGUUUUGCUACAAAGAAUGGGCCGAAGUGGAAGACAAGAAAGAGAGGGGGGUGUUUAUCAAAUCGCGGGGCCACUUCCGGCUACCAGACUGUUCAAUCUUGCCAAAAUACUCGAACAAGACUGCGCUGUGCUCGUACGCCGCCUUGACCGAAAUGCAGGAAGACGAGAUCACGUACGAUUGUAUCAAAGGCAGGGGCAGGUUUUACCAGGGAAAGGUAAACGUAACAGCGUCCGGAAUUCCGUGCCAAAGAUGGGACUCGCAGUUCCCUCACACACACGAUUCUCCGCCGAACAUAUUUCCUGAACUCCGAAACGCGGAGAAUUACUGCAGAAAUGCCGGUGGCGAAGAAAAGAGUCCGUGGUGUUUCACUACGAAUCCCAAGAACAGAUGGCAACAUUGCGAUAUACCCCGUUGUCCAAACUCCACCGUGGAUCAGGUUGAAAACAAGAAUAUUGCGAUGGACCAAUUCUUAUCGCCCACUUUCCUUAUCACAGUAUCAAGCGUAGGCCUAUUGAUUAUCGUUAUAUGUUUGUUGCUGAUUUUGCUGUGCCACAGGAUGCACAAAAGACACUUACUCGGAUACAAUGCCCCAGAGAAUGCGGAAAUCAACAUCGAUCUUGAUAAAUUACCUAGUAAUGUUGCGUAUCAUCGACACGGUGCUCCACUGAAUCCGAAACUAGAAAAACUAGAGUUCCCGCGGAACGAUAUCAUUUACAUAAAAGACUUAGGACAAGGAGCUUUCGGCAGCGUCUUCCAGGCAAAAGCCCCAGGACUGAUUCCAGGAGAAGAGUUCACGAUAGUAGCCGUAAAGAUGCUGAAAGACGACGCCUCGGAGGAUAUGCAAGACGAUUUUGAAAAAGAGGCAUGUCUGUUAGCGGAGUUUGACCAUCCGAAUAUUGUAAAACUUCUCGGUGUGUGUGCUGUCGGAAGACCGAUGUGUUUGCUGUUCGAAUACAUGGGCAAAGGAGACUUGAACGAGUUUUUGAGGCAGUGUUCGCCCGGGAAUUACGUUGUGAGAAGUGUUGUGGAUGGGGAAUUCACAAAUAAAGACAUAUACAAAGAUAUGCAACUUAGUAGUCUAGAUAAGGUCAAUAUUGCGCUGCAGAUAGCAUCUGGAAUGGUUUACUUAGCUGAUAGGAAGUUUGUUCAUCGUGACCUAGCCACGAGGAACUGUCUGAUUAGUGAUGAUAUGAUAGUCAAGAUAGCGGACUUUGGUCUUUCACAGAAAAUUUACCUUCAAGACUACUAUAAAGGCAGUGAUAGAGACGCAAUACCAGUUCGCUGGAUGCCCUUAGAAAGUAUAUUGUAUAAUAAAUACACACAGGAGUCUGACGUGUGGGCGUUUGGAGUAUGUCUCUGGGAGAUAUUUUCGUAUGCCUUACAACCGUACUACGGUAUGACUCACGAGGAAGUCAUCAAAUAUCUGAAGGAGGGAAACGUGCUUCAAAGUCCAGAAGGAUGUCCGGCACCUGUGUAUGAAUUUGGUCCUACUAAUUGCAGGAAAACACUUUUGUACAAAGGCACCUCGUCAAAAAAUUCCGAACAAUAUUGGGUUCAUUGGAGAUGGCAGUAUGGCUAAGGCUAUUUGCAGAAGUAUUAAAAGAGCAGGUCUAAUCGAAUACUCGCAAGUUUACGUGUCGAGCCCGUUUCCAAAAAACUUGGACAGUUGGAAAGAACUUGGGGCCAACGUGUCAACUGAAAAUGCGUAUGUCGUCAAAGAAGCAGAUAUCAUAUUCCUAGCAGUGAAACCGCACAUUCUUUGUGAUGCUAUCGGCACGAUAACCGCCAGUUCGGUUGCCAAAGAGAUAAAAAAUAAACUGUUCAUAUCUAUCCUUGCAGGUGUUACUAUUAAAAAUCUUGAAGACCUACUAAAGCAUUUUGAGGGAUCUAGAGUUGUAAGGGUGAUGCCAAACACUCCGAUGCUUAUUGGACAGGGUUGCACAGUAUACUGUCCUGGAAGUAAAGUGAGCGACAAUGAUCUCAAACUGGUAAAUAGUAUCUUGGAGGUGACUGGUAUGUGCCAGAUGGUUCCUGAAUCAACCAUCAACUCGAUUGGUGCAGUUACCGCUAGUGGCCCAGCUUUUGUAUAUGUUUUCAUUGAGGCUCUAUCUGAUGGCGGUGUAAGGAUGGGCUUACACAGAGACGUAUCCACGAAAUUCGCCGCACAAACUGUGAUGGGCGCCGCCAAGAUGGUACUAGAAACGAACAAACAUAUGGGAACGCUCAAAGACGAAGUCUGUUCGGCGGGCGGGCAGACCAUUGCUGGAAUACAUGCGCUCGAGAAGUGCGCUUUGAGAGGUUCUAUAAUGGACGCUGUGCAAGCAGCUGCUUUACGUGCUGCAGAACUUGGCGAACAAACUAAAAAAUAAUACUACUAAAACGUAAAAUAAUGUGAUGUCUGACAAAUAAUCAUUUUAUUACUUAGAUAUUUACUUAGCAGUAUUGAUGUAUAUUGUAUAUGUACCUAUAUCAUAUUGAUGUUUCGUAAUUUAUAUUUUUCAAAUAUAGAUUUGUCAAAAAA